UUGACGUGACCACGUGCAGACUUGGCGCGCGGUGCGGACCGUUCGAUGAGCGAGGCGCCAUGAUUUUAACGGUUGUAUCAGGGUGGCGAGGCUUUCUGGCAGCGGCUGGACUUUCUCUAGCGGCUGAAGGACUCUACUAUCUAAUCCGUUACCUAAAGCGGUUUCGUGAGCGACGGUCGCAGGUCCUUUUCUUCCCAGCGCCGGUGACGUGCGUGCGUCCGCUGCUGCUUUCGAGUCCCGGCCAUUGUAAUUGUGGCCUGUCGCACCGGGAGAGUGCACUGAGCUGCCUGACCCGUUUGUUGCUCAGUGCUCGCCGCUCCCUCGAUGUCUGCGUGUUCACUAUCUCCAGCGUUGAGUUGAGCAGCUCAGUGCUGGCGGUGCACGGCCGCGGGGUGCGGGUACGGGUCAUCACCGACUCGGACUACAUGGCUCUAGCUGGCUCGCAGGUCGGCGCCUUCAGGAGAGCUGGUAUAGAAGUCCGACAUGAUCAGGAUGCAAACUAUAUGCACCACAAAUUUGCUAUAAUUGAUGGAUUGAUCCUCAUAACUGGAUCUUUGAACUGGAGUGCCCAAGGCAUUUUUGGGAAUAAAGAAAAUGUAAUCAUAAUUAAAAACACUGAUAUUGUGAAGGCAUUUGUUGAAGAAUUUGGACGACUUUGGAAUGAAUAUGAUCCAGCAAAGUACAGCUUUUCUCCUAAAAGCUGAAUAGGAACCAACAGGUUUUCAACCGGUACAUCCACAUUGCCAUUGGGAAGGGACUUUUUGCUGAGAGUGGAGAAAUAUUUGACAUAACUACAGGUUUUUCAUAAGUUUUUAUGUUGCAACUGUGUCAAAUAAAGAUGUUAGAUCUGUUUAAAUAUUAAUUCUGGAACUCUGUCUAAAACAUGAAGAUCAGAGAGUUUAAUGGCAAAACACUGUAUAGAAUUGAACAUAAAUUGUGAAUGUAACAAAGUCCAUGUUUACCUAAUUCCUUCCUUCUCAUGUUUACACAGCAAUAUUAGCAUGAUGCACUGCUUAAUUAUGACAGUCGAUUGGG